CCUGUAUCCUCUUAUUUAAAUGAAGCCAGGAGGGAGAAGAGCACAGUUUAUCUUCACUCGCUCCAGCAAUAUUCAUAUUCUCUAUAUCCGGCAGGAAACUGUGGAAAUCUUCUGUUCAUCCUUAUAAUCUGCCCAGAAAGAUUUGAGGUGAAAUGAAUCAGCCAGACGAGACAUCCAUGUCAUUGCAGAAACUCGAAGCUCUUAAUGAUGAACUGCAAGGAAGCAUUAAGAAACUGAACUCUGAUUUUGACGAAAAACAUUCAACACUGCAGAAGAAAAUAAAGAAGCUGAAGGACAUCACUGCUGAUCUUGAAUCCUGCCACAGUUCCACUACGAUGUGGAGUUUGAUUGGAUCAUCAGCAGGAGUGGCUGGAGGAGUCACGGCACUAGUGGGUCUGGGUUUAUCAUUUUUCUCAUUUGGUAUUCCUUUAGCUGUGUCUGCUGUUGGUGUUGCAGCCGGAGUCGCUGGAGGAAUAACAGGUGCAACAGCGAACAUCAUUAACAUGGUCAAGCAAGGAAACCUGCGUGAAACUAUUAAAAAUACCAUCACAGAUUUCCAGAACACAAUCCAGCCAAUGAUCGAGAAUCUGAAUAAAAUUUCUGAAACCGCAGUAGAGAUUCAGAACGUAGGGAAAGAGUUUUCUGUGCAAAAGAAGGCAAUAAUGACAGGUGUAAGAUCCGUGAAAACCGCUUCGAGCGUCACUAAACUUCUAGCGAUCCUGCGAACUGCUCAGAUUGGGAAAACCGCCGCUAAGAAGGUUGGAAAAGUAACUGGCGUGAUCUCAACUCUGUUUCUUGCUCUUGAUAUUUACAGUAUUGUUUGUGAUUCGAUCGAGCUCUCUGAAAUAAAUCAGCCAGAAAACAGCAGAAAAGUAGAAAACAUUAAAUCAGAAACUUUGAAGUUUAUUCAUCAGAUGAAAGAAACAGCGGCUCAAUUACAGGAGACUCUGGAUGACAUCAAGAGUGCCAGAGACGAGAUUAACAGAGAGUUACAGAUCCGAUAAAAUGAUGACGCUUGUACUGAUACUCUUUAAAC